CACAAAAUCAGUUUUCAAUACAUAAAUUUUCCUCGAGCAAAAAUGGGUUCCAAGGCACUUCUUUUCUUUUGCAUCUCCGUGGCUGUAGUUCUAGCAAUCACCUCACAGGCUGCUGGUAGGGAAUUGGCUGAGACUUUCACGUCAGUUAACGAUUGGAAUCCUCACUAUGUAGGGGAUCCUGGAGGAGGAGGCGGAGGGAACUAUGGAGGUUGGGGCUAUGGAGGAGGUGGUGGCGGACGCUAUGGUCAAGCUGUGGAUGCUGAGCCUUAGAACUAAUAAAGCCAGCUUCAACCAAGGCUAUUUUGAAGUGUGAAACACAAAUAAGAGCCCGAUUAGUCAUCAUGUAAUAUGAACUCCAUGUAUUUGAAGUAUGUGAAGUUUUUUCUUUUCUUUUUUUUUUUUUGGAUGUGAUGGCCCAAAAAUUAGUAACGUGUUAUUAUUUCAA